UCAGCAAUAACUCAUCGCUGCCACAUUUUCUCCAUCUGUUUCCCUCUUUCUCAUCCUCCUUUUCUUUACUCCUUCAAUUCCUUUGUCUUCUCUCCUCUUCUUUCUCCCCUCUCACUUUCUCCCUUCAAACCAAGCUUUUUCCCAUCACAACACUCAUCAAGCUUUCUAUACUUCCCACAUAUAACCAACUUUAUUUCCAUAUCUUCUUUCUCCAAGUCUUUUUCUCUACUAUGUUUAAAAGGCUCCCUUUUUUGGCAACAAGCUUAGCCCCAAAGUAGAUCUAAAUACUCAUCUUCUUCUACCUAUAGCUAUCGUCUCCGGCAGUCACCAUCCACUGUGAGCUUGUCAGAAUCCAAGAAGAAACCCAACCUGUGAAAUUUUUCAACAUAAAAGCGUCUCAGAAGAUCAACACAACACUGGACACCAGAGAGAAUUGAAUUCUCUAGAGUUUGAAAUAUGCCAGCUGGUAUUAUGAUUCCAGCAAGAAACAUGCCCUCGAUGAUCGGAAGAAACGGCAGCGUUGGUGGCUUUGGAUUAUCUUCGGGGCUCUCUCUUGGCCAGAUUGAAAACCAUAAGGGUCCAGAAUCUCAAAGAUCUGUAGAAAUGUUCCAGCCAAACCUGAUGGAAGCUGGUCAACUUCUCCCUUUGGACAUGCCCCAGAACACUUCAGAGAGCGAUGUCCCAAGAAUCCGCGAAGAUGACUUUGACAGUGCCACCAAGUCAGGAAGUGAAAACCAAGAAGGUGCUUCCGGUGAAGACCAAGACCCUCGUCCCAACAAGAAGAAACGCUACCACCGCCACACUCAACAUCAGAUCCAGGAAAUGGAAGCGUUCUUUAAGGAGUGUCCGCACCCUGAUGACAAGCAAAGGAAGGAGCUGAGUAGAGAGUUAGGGUUAGAGCCUUUGCAGGUUAAGUUUUGGUUUCAGAACAAGCGCACUCAGAUAAAGACACAGCAUGAACGCCAUGAGAACACACAGCUCCGAACUGAAAACGACAAGCUUCGAGCUGAUAACAUGAGGUUCAGGGAAGCUCUCGGCAAUGCCUCCUGUCCUAACUGUGGAGGACCAACAGCUAUAGGGGAAAUGUCAUUCGAUGAACAUCACUUGAGGCUUGAAAAUGCUCGCCUCAGAGAAGAGAUUGACAGGAUUUCUGCAAUUGCUGCAAAGUACGUGGGGAAGCCUGUGGUGAGUUAUCCACUUCUUUCUCCUUCGUCUGUUCCUCCUCGUCCACUUGAGCUUGGGAUUGGAGGUGGUUUUGGUGGCCAGCCUGCGGGCAUUGGUGGAGACAUGUACGGUGGAGCUGCAGGAGAUCUUCUUAGGUCAAUCAGUGGACCUACUGAGGCUGAUAAACCCAUCAUAAUAGAGCUUGCUGUUGCAGCCAUGGAGGAACUCAUUGGAAUGGCGCAAAUGGGUGAUCCUCUUUGGUUGACUACUCUGGAUGGCACAACCACUGUUCUCAAUGAAGAUGAAUACAUCAGGUCUUUUCCUAGAGGAAUUGGUCCUAAACCAGCUGGUUUCAAUUGUGAAGCUUCACGAGAAACUGCAGUUGUUAUCAUGAACCAUGUUAGCCUUGUUGAGAUUCUCAUGGACGUGAACCAAUGGUCCACAGUGUUCUCUGGCAUUGUCUCUAGAGCAAUGACUUUGGAGGUGUUAUCAACUGGGGUGGCAGGAAACUACAACGGUGCAUUGCAAGUGAUGACAGCAGAAUUACAAGUACCUUCACCCCUGGUGCCAACUCGAGAGAGCUAUUUUGUAAGAUAUUGUAAGCAGCAUGGUGAUGGGACUUGGGCUGUAGUGGACGUAUCCUUGGAUAAUUUGCGACCUAGUCCCUCAGCCAGAUGUAGAAGAAGACCUUCAGGCUGCUUAAUUCAAGAAAUGCCCAAUGGCUACUCAAAGGUCAUUUGGGUUGAGCAUGUUGAGGUGGAUGAUAGAGGUGUUCACAAUCUAUACAAGCAGCUUGUUAGUUCUGGGCAUGCAUUUGGUGCAAAACGUUGGAUUGCCACCUUGGAUAGACAAUGUGAAAGGCUUGCUUGCGCCAUGGCAACAAACAUACCCACAGUAGAUGUUGGAGUGAUAACAAACCAAGAUGGGAGGAAGAGUAUGCUGAAACUGGCAGAGAGAAUGGUUAUAAGUUUUUGUGCUGGAGUGAGUGCAUCCACUGCACACACAUGGACAACACUCUCUGGAACUGGAGCUGAUGAUGUAAGGGUCAUGACACGUAAGAGUGUUGAUGACCCAGGAAGGCCUCCUGGCAUUGUUCUCAGUGCUGCAACUUCUUUUUGGCUUCCAGUGUCACCAAAAAGGGUUUUUGAAUUCCUCCGCGAUGAGAACUCCAGAAGUGAGUGGGAUAUUCUUUCUAAUGGAGGAGUAGUCCAAGAAAUGGCACACAUCGCCAAUGGAAGAGACACAGGAAACUGUGUCUCUCUACUUCGUGUGAAUAGUGCGAAUUCAAGCCAGAGUAACAUGUUGAUAUUGCAAGAGAGUUGCGCAGACUCAACGGGUUCAUUUGUGAUAUAUGCUCCAGUAGAUAUUGUGGCAAUGAACGUGGUUCUGAAUGGAGGAGACCCUGAUUACGUGGCCCUUCUUCCUUCAGGAUUUGCUAUUCUCCCAGAUGGGACCACUGCACAUGGAGGAAGCAUAGGUGACACUGGAAAUGGUGGAUCUCUUUUGACUGUAGCCUUCCAAAUCUUGGUUGAUUCAGUUCCAACUGCAAAACUCUCUCUUGGAUCUGUUGCCACUGUUAACAAUCUUAUUGCCUGCACUGUUGAGAGAAUUAAGACUGCUUUAUCUGGUGAAGUUGCUUGAUCUAAGUUGGAUGCAGUUUAAAAAAAGGAUGCAUUUUGGAGAAAUGGGAAGGUGUUGGAAACUUCGGCUUAUAAAAAAAAGAUGAGAAGUCAAGAGCGCACCUUGCAUGAUCCUUUCUUAACAUUCAAAACGAGAGGAUUAAGGUUCGGGAAUUGACUUCCAUGGAAAUAGUAAAUGCUAUAAGAGCUUAAAAAUCAAUGAAGACCAUAUACUUUUCUUCACCUUCCAAAAAUGCUUAUUUAUAGUUAGCUUUCUCGUUUGUUAUUAUUAGGUUGUAGCUUUGAGGUAACCUCUCGUGUUCCUUCUUCGGUUGUUAUUAUUUGAAUUUCAGCUCAAGCACCAACACUAUAGCUAGUAAUUGGGA